UGGAAACUGCACAGGAAGUGGCGCGCAACUGUUGAAAAAAUGUCUAACAACAAACUGACGAGGAGGUUUUGAUGCUAUCAAAUGUCGUCAGCCUUUAAAAAGGCGGCUAGAAUCAGCUUGAGGCGCUUUUUUCUUUACUAACCGUGGCUCCGCAUUGUAAAAAAUGUCGUUUAUGAGAGUGGGGCGUCCACAGCAGCACACCAAAGGAAAAAGGCCUGCUCGCCCAAAGAAGGCAGCAGCACAAAGAAAAGAGUGGGUGAGCACUGUCAACGACCUGUCUGUGCACAAGCUGACACCUGCUGAGUUGAGUCAUCGGCAUGAGAUCCACAAGUCUCACAACAAGGCUGCGGCUCAGUGGGAGCUCAAAGAGAGAGCCCUAAAACGACGUCUCAGGCACUCAGGGAGCCCUGCACCCCUUGACCAGGCCAGCCUCAGCAUCAUCAGGGAGGUUUUCUCUGAUCAGCUGCUGCUGCAGGAUGUCUUGUCCCGUUCUGACAGAGCCCUGGCUGUGGUCAAGGACCUGUUUGGAGAUGCUCCACGCAGACACACCGGACACCCCAGUGUGACUGUGGCUCCAAACUGUGACUCUGACACAGAAUUGCCUGUUCUUCAGAGACCAGAUCCUCCAACUCAUCUGUCUCUCCUCAGCCAGUCAAUGAUGGAUCAAGAGGCUCUUAAUGAACUGGAAGCUGCAGAGGAAGACCAAAGAGAUGAUGUCCAUCCUUCUGGCAGUUCAGAGUAUCAUAUAAUCAGAAGGGCCAAUAUACAAAAAAUGAAGGCGCAGUCUUGGGCUAAAGUGGCACAGCAACGCAAAGGUUAUCAUCACAACCGUCACCAGGGAGACAAGGAUAAUACUCUUGUGACACCCUCCACAUCAGACAGAGCACCAGAUCAGAUGGCUCUCAAUGCCACAGUGGCUGUUCAGCGUGUUCGGUCCAAACAGAGUCAGUCAGAGGAAGAUAAAGAGGAAACGUCAGUCCUGGUUUCUCAGGUUCUGAAUCCUGAACUGAAUCAAAGCAAGUCGGAAGGGCUCAGAAGUCGUACCAACAGAGCCAGGAAAUGUGUUUCCCAGGGUUCAGAUCUGGAUGGCUCCUCCGUUGCCUCACUCAGCAGGGACCAGUCCAGUCUGGGCCUGCUGCAGGCAAUGUUGGGUCAGGUGGAGUCUGACUUGGAUGCACUGAGCCCUGAUACAGCACCACCAUCAGCACAGAGUCCAAAAUGGCACAGAACACAAGGCCUCACUGGAUUCUCGGUCGCCUUGGUCUCUACACUCGGACGUUUGGUGCACCUCCUCAAACAGAGGGAAGAUGAAGCACAGAAUGAGGCGCAAGAGAGGAGAAAACUGGAGGAGGAGUUGAAAGAGCAGCGGGGGCUCAUUGAUGCUCUCACUGCUGAAAGCAUGACUCUGAGAGAGGAGGCUGCUGCCCUGCAGGCAGGGUUGCAGCAGCGGACAGCAGACCUGGAGCAGAAGUUGGACACAGUGGUAUUGGCGAUGGGAGGACUUGGACUGCUGGGGGAACGCAGUAGCCCACCCCCACACUCUGAGUGCAAAGCUGCAGGCUGUCAGUCUGUAACGGGCGCUGAGCGAGUUCCUGAGCAAACACUAGCGUCUGUUUCUCCUGCUGUCCUGCUCUCACCUCCUCGACAGCAGGACAAUUGGCAGCACGUUCCUGUGACUCAUCCUGUGCUGCCACACCAGCAGCUUCCUUCUGUAGAUAGCCUGUCCUCCUAUGGGGACCUCCAAGCUCACAGCUCAGACUCAAACAGUCUGCCCCUCACCAAACUUCCCUCCACUUCCUCACUGUCACUAACCUCUGACCCUCUUCGUUCACCGCUCUCUCCGGGUACAUUGUUAGCUGAGAUUGCUCAGCUGAGCAGAGAGACUGAUCUUAUCAGGGCUCAGCUUAGCCAGCCAAAGGGUCUUGGAUCAGGGGUGAGAGAACCGCUCGACAGCGGCAAUGAGAGAAGAAGGUCAAGCUGCAGCAGUGCGGGGAAAGUAACACCUCAGAGUGUUGGAGAGAGAAGGAUGUCUGAAUCCAGCUGUAAAGAGAGGCGGAGCCAGCAUGUGCAGACUCCUGGAGAAGAGCAGCUGACUCAACAGGCAACAUCACCCAACGCCCUCAGUACAAACAGCGUGGAGCAGCGCCUUCUGGAGUUGAACCGGCAGAGCGCAGCAGCCCGGGGUCGACUGCUGGAAAUAAUUGAGCAACAGAAGCAAAGUAUUUCAGUCCGAGUCUCUCCCUCUGUCUCCCCCAUUCCUGCUUCUGCCUUUAGCCCGGAUGCAGCGUACGCUGGAGGAGAAAGCCUGGAGGCGUCAGUGCUGCUGCCUGAGUGGGAGCUUCGGUCACGUGGUGGCGGCGGUGGCAGUGAGGGUGAGAGGCGGUUUGCUGGUUCUGUUGUGGCUUCUCACAGUUUUGGAAGAGGAACCAAGGAUGGCAAAACGCAGAUGGACAAGGAGAGAAAGCGAGAAGGCUGGUUUGCACUGUCUGCUCACGUGAGAUGACAAGAAGGAUAACCCGACAUACCUGAAGACGUCUGUUACCAGCAGUGUUUUUAUCUCUAUGUUUUUAAUGACUUAAUUAAAAUGUUUGGACUUUUUAUCA